AUGGCUGCUUCGGCGGCAACGGCGAGUUCUUCCCCCGGUUUGUGUCCAAAUUACGCCGUGAUUUGCUCUUUCCUGGAGCGCUACGGAGCCCUGUUGGACUUACCGGAGCUCACUUUCCCGCAGCUGGAGAGAUAUCUUCGGGAUACAUCUUCAGGUGAAGCCGUUCCAAAGCUGCUUGUUGAUCUUCACGUAAAGUUGCUGAGGAAGAUCGGCAAGUCUGUGUCAGCCGACAGAUGGGAGAAAUAUCUACUGAAGGUAUGUCAAGAGUUGAACACGACCUGGGCAUGGGAGCUCGAGCAGAAAGGAUACAAGGAGCUUUCAACAGAGUGCAAGACGGGGUUACUUAAAUAUUUGUGUGAGUGUCAGUUCGAUGACAACGUUAAGUUCAAAACGGCCAUCAACGAGGAGGACCCGGAUAAGAUGCGCCUGCAGCCGAUCGGCCGCGACAAAGACGGGCAGAUGUACUGGUUCCAGCUCGACCAGAGCGACAACGUGAGGCUAUACAUCGAGGAGCAGGACGAUCUGGACGGGUCCUCCUGGAAGUGCAUCGUCAAAGACAGGAGCGACCUGGCGGAGGUCGUCGCUCUGCUGAAAACACAGAUCGACCCGGCGCUGCUAAAGAGAGAUGAAGAAAAUAAAGCUGCCGCUGAAGAGGGGAAGGAGAAAACAGACGGUGAAGUCAAAAAGAUCGAGGACUCAUCCGAUGAAGAUAUCAAAGACAACAAGGCUGCCGGUCCGGUGUCACCGAAGACAGAGAACGAUGAGAAAGCGACAGAGAAAGACGACUUUAAAUCGGAAACAUCUCUGAACGGCCUCAUUGAAGGCAAACCUGAAGCGAAGUUGACUUCAGAAAAGCCUCCGACAGAUCUCAGCAUCAUUACAAAAGUCCAGAAUAUCAAAGAGGAGCCGAUGGAGGUGUCGGACACGAAAUCAAGCUGUACAGAAACAAGAGAACCUGCCUCCGAGGCGACUUGUUUAUCAGUGAAGGCAGAGAAAGGAGAGGAGGCGAAGAAAACCGAGGAGAUUCAAAUAGCUCUGAAGAACGACCAACAGGCUAAAAUCCCCCUGAAAAAAAGAGGAAUGAAGUUCACCGAAGACUUUGAGAAAAGCAGUGGAAUUAUAGUUCAAAACCCGUCUGUUUCUCAGCUCAAAGAAGCUCCUAAAGCGGACUCGACUCCAGAUCCAACUAAGGGGCAGAGUGUCAACGAUCAUGUUAACGGGGAUGUUGCGUCGGAGAAAAACCAGAUGUGCGAGUCGCUUAAAGACGCAGUCGUGGAUAAAGAGCAGAACGUUGAACCGGCUGCUGCUAAACCUGCAGAAAAGAGGGAGAAUGACUCUCUACCUGCAGAUCAUAAAGGAGGAGACAGCAGUGCAGAGAUGUCAGAGGUAGCAUCAAAGCAAGCAGACUCUGGCCAGAAAACUCCAGACCCACAGGUAGAGACAGAAAGCACUGCUUCUAAAGAAAAAGCAGGAGCAGCAUCUUUACCUAAAGACGUAAACAAUGCAUCUGAGAAACCGUCUAAUCAUAAAGAGCAGGAACGGCUAAAAGACUCGUCAACUAGCAAAGACUUGUGUGACGUAGACAAGACGUUAAAGGAAACAGAUAAAACAAAAAGGACCGGUGAAUCAGAGAAAGACGCAUCGAGAUCAAAGGAGUCGGAGGAAAAAGCAGCCAGUGUUGACACAUCAAAGUCAAGUAAGGCCGAGGAAACCAAAACGAAGCAAACGGAAAGGAGGGGGGAUAAAGAAAAGGAGACUUGUGAUGCUAAUGUAGAGAAAUCGGAUAAAUCAGAGGAGAAAGAGAAGCCAGGAGUCAUCAAAUCGUCAGAGAAAGAUCCUGCAAAGAAACCAGCUGAAUCUGAAAAGGCUGCAACUUCUGUUGGGAAAAAUACAGACAAACUAAAAGAGAGGGAUCAUGCAGAGGCCACAACAAGUCCUAAAAAGGCAGAAAUGAGAGACAAAUCAGACACUAGAGAUAACGUGGAGUCUCCUGUUAUUAAAAAGCUAGACAAACCAUGUAAACCUGACGAAAAGCAAGAUAAAGAUGGAGAGAAGAAGCCACAGAAAGCCUCUGAGACUGACGCAGAAAAGCCUAAAAAGCCUGAAGACGUGAAGAAAACUGUAAACUGUGAAGACGGUACGAUGCACGAUGUCUCCAAGAUAAGCGGCUCCACGCCGGAGCCCACGGAGGAGGAAGCAGUGGCCGUAAAACCAGAUGUGACAAAGCCUCAGGUGGACGAUAAAACUGAGAUUAACUCAGUUGCAUGCAAGGAGAAGAAAGGGGAAACGUCUGAAGGGAAAGAUAAACUAUCCAGUGUUGCAGAGAAUAAUGUCUCUCAAGAAACCGAUAAAAAACCUGAGAGGACAGACACGGAUAAGGGAAAGAUGUCUGAAGAGAAGGCUAAGAAAAUGGAGGCUGAGUGUCCGUCGUCAGGAAGUAAAAAGGAUGCAGACUUGGGAAAGGAAACUGAAUCAGGAAAGAAAAAGGACACAGACAAAGAAAUGAAAAAAGACACAGACUUGAAAAAGAAAGAGAACACAGAAAAGAAAAAGGAUUCAGACGUAGAAAAUAAGAUAGAAUCCGAAAAGAAGAAGGACACAGAAACCGGAAAGAAAGAGGACACAGAUGUGGAAAAGAUAAAGGUCAAAGAGUCCGAAAAGAAAAGGGACUCAAAUAUGGAAAAGAAAGAAAACACAGAAAAGAAAAAGGACACCAACGCUGGCAAGAAACCGGAAACCGAAAAUAAAAAGGACACAGAAUCCGAAAAGAAAAAGGAGACUGACGCAGACAAGAGAAACAAAAUAGAUUCAGCAAAGAAAGCGGACACAGACUCAGAGAAGAAGAGGGACACAGACUCAGAGAAGAAGAGGGACACAGACUCAGAGAAGAAGAGGGACACAGACUCAGAGAAGAAGAAGGACACAGACUUGGAGAAGAAGAGGGACACAGACUUGGAGAAGAAGAGGGACACAGACUUGGAGAAGAAGAAGGACACAGACUUGGAGAAGAAGAGGGACACAGACUUGGAGAAGAAGAAGGACACAGACUUAGAGAAGAAGAGGGACACAGACUUGGAGAAGAAGAAGAAGGACACAGACUUGGAGAAGAAGAAGGACACAGACUUAGAGACAGACUUAAGAAGAGAAGACACAGACUUGAGAAGAAAGGACACAGACUUGGAGAAGAAGAAGGACACAGACUUGGAGAAGAAGAGGGACACAGACUUGGAGAAGAAGAAGGACACAGACUUAGAGAAGAAGAAGGACACAGACUUGGAGAAGAAGAAGGACACAGACUUGGAGAAGAAGAGGGACACAGACUUAGAGAAGAAGAAGGACACAGACUUAGAGAAGAAGAAGGACACAGACUUAGAGAAGAAGAAGGACACAGACUUGGAGAAGAAGAAAGACACAGACUUGGAGAAGAAGAAGGACACAGACUUGGAGAAGAAGAGGGACACAGAUUCAGGAAAGAAAAAGGACAAAGAAUUGGAAACGGACAAAGAAAAUAAUACUAUCACGGAAAGGAAAAAGGACACCAAUAAAGAAAAGAAAGAGGAGAAGGAGAAGCCUCAAAAGGACAGUGAGAAGCAGCUGUGUCAAGAUAAAGAAGAGGAUUCAAAAACUGAUGAAACCAAGGAGGAGAAACAAGCUAAUAAAGAAAAUGAAACCUCAACAGUGACGGAGGAGUCUGUUCCCGAAGACGACGGCAAAUCCUCGACAGAAAAGGAGAAAGCCGGCGACCCGAGCAAAGAACCGGAUACAGAAAAGCCGGCUGAUGAAGAGGAUGACGAGGACUCUGCCCCAAAAAAAGAGGUGGCGAACGGCAGGGGGACUCCAGCUUCCCGUCGGAGAUUGAAACGCCCGGUGCACCGGAGGAAAGCAGCGCUCCAGAGAGAGGAUAGGCAGGACUCUGAGUCGGAUACAAACACCGGGAUGUCCCUCCGGAGGUCUCCCAGGAUCUCCAGACCCACAAGUAAGGCAGUAGAGAUCCAGGACAAGAAGCCAGAGAAAUCUGCUCCAAAGGCCGACAAGAGCGAGGAGGACAAGGGAGAGAAAGAAAAAGACGAGGAGGAGGAGGAGGAAGAAGAGGAGGAGGAAGAGGAGAAAGCUGUUCAGAAGAAACCGAGAGAGAAGAAAACGGAGCAGGAGGGUCAGACCAAACCGAAGGGGAGAAAGAGGCGGAGGGUCCGGUGGUCCAACACGAGAACACGCCGCAAAAAGAAAGGUUCCGAAGACGAAGAGGACAACAGCGAGGAGGAGUCCAGCGCCGAAGAGGAAACGGAGGAAGAGGACGACAGCGACGAAGACUACAAGGUGGAGCGACGCAAGCGGAGGCACAAUCGCAACCGAGAGAGGCGGAGCUCGGACUCCUCGACCUCCACGGACGACGACCUGCCUCCCAACGACGACCCCUGCAAACACUGCGGGCUCCCAAACCAACCGGAGCUGAUCCUUCUGUGUGAUUCGUGUGACAGCGGUUACCACACGGCCUGUCUGAGGCCACCGCUCAUGAUCAUCCCCGACGGAGAGUGGUUCUGUCCGCCCUGUCAACACAAGCUGCUCUGUGAGAAGCUGGAGGAGCAGCUCCUAAACCUCGACGCUGCUCUGAAGAAGAAGGAACGGGCGGAGAGAAGGAAAGAGCGUCUCAUUUACGUUGGGAUCAGUCUGGAAAACAUCAUCACGCCUGCAGUAAGUACCGUGGAGGAGGAGAAGCCGGAGAUCAUCAUCAAAGAGAAGAAGGAAACGAAGAAGAGCAAGAGCUGGGGACGAAGAUCUACGAGGAAUAAGAAGUCCAUCAGCUACAGAUUCGAUGAAUUCGACGAGGCCAUCGAGGAGGCCAUCGAGGAAGACAUCAAAGAGGCGGAGGGCGGAGGAGCGGGCCGGGGGAAAGACAUGGCGAACAUCACGGGGCUCAGAGGGAAGGACAUGUCUGUCAUCCUGCAGGCGGACGAGGGGAAGGAGAACGGACAACCGGCCCGACCCCCCGCCGGGCAGCGCAGGAAAAAACGCCGGCGACUCAACGACCUGGACAGCGACAGCACCGUGGACGAGGAGGAGAGUGAGGACGAGUUUCGCAUCAGUGAGAGCUCAGAGGAGGAGUUCGUGGUGUCAGAAAACGGCUCGGAGGCGGAGUCGGAGGCGGAGUCUAACAGCAGCGGCGGGAAACAUCAAUCCUCCUCACGGCGCAGGAAACCUCCGACGCAACGACGAAGCGCCAGGAAGAGACGAAGACCGAAGGGAUACUCGGACGACGAGGAGGAGGAGUCGGACGAGGAGGAUGAAGAAGAAAUAGCGACGGAGGGCUCGAGCGAGUACAGCGACAGCGAUCUGGACGUGAGUCGGCGGCGCUCUCGGAGGAGCAAGAAGGCUCAGGUGAACUACAGAGAGACGUCCGAGUCCGAGGGCUCUCAGGUGGAAACAAACCGAGCCAAAAUGAAACCAAGACACCGCAUGGACAGCUCCAGCAGUGAGGCGAGUUUCUCCAAAGACUCAGAGGAGGAGACGAAGGAGCGUCGGACGAAGAAGAGAGGCGACUCCUCGGAGGAGGAAGGCUCCCGGCAGCGGCGCAGGCGUCUCGCUUUGAAGCGCAGACGAGCCUCCGAGAACGACGAGUCGGAUGACGACUCUGACGGAUCGUCGUCGGAAGAGGAUCGUCCCAUCCGGAAACGCGUGAACCGCAUCGAUUCAGACGAUGAGGAAGAGGAGGAGGAGAAGGAGAAACCGAAGGAGAAGAAAGCAGACGAGGAGACAAAGGGAACAGGGGACAGCAAUCCAGGGGAUUUGCCGGCUACAAACGGACAGAGCACGACAAAAACCAUCGUCCCGCAACCGGAGGCUCCUAAAAAUAUCGCCGCCAUCGCUCCAAACGGACAGGAAGUGCCGCCUCAGGAGGAAGACGAGGACGACCUGUUAGGAGUCACGGACCUCGUGGACUACGUCUGCAAUAGCGAAGAUUUGUAAAAAAAGAAAAGAAAAAGGUGUACUGUUUCAUUUUUUGUGGUAUUGUAUUUUUAUAUUUAACUUUAUUAUUCCCGCCAACACCAACAACACUUCCUCCUCCUCUUCGUCCGUUUUCAACAUCCGGACCUCUCCUGACUCCGGUCUGACUGUCCCUGUGGGAUCAAACUGCAAAUAAGGGCACCAAACUUUUUCAUUUUUAAUAAUAAUAACAAUCCGUUUUGACCCCACAUCCUCCAGCUCCACUGCCAGACCUCCUCUCAUUCCUCCUCUCGCAUCGUCACGUUUUUUUAUUUCCUUUCAACCAAGAUUUCUACAUAUUGUAUCUCCUGUUUUCUUCGAUGGAACAUUGGCACUGAGUUUGUUAAAUGUGUAGGAAUAGUCUGCCUAAUAUGCUAAACCACUGGGGCUUUUUAGAGGUAUUUUAUGAGUCAUUCCACUAUGGAUUUUAAAUGUCUGGGAAUUACAUCACAGGAAUAGUUCGACAUUUUGGGAGAAAUGUCGAACCUCUCUCGUCUGUUGGGUUAAGGCUAAGAUCCAGCCGGUUAGUUUAGCACAAAUAUAUUUGGAAUAAUAUUGAUUUAUUGAUCACAUCUUCCAACAAAUGGCAAAUUUACUUUUUUACACUUCCACUUUUGUACAGAUGUGUUAGAAAAAUAAUAACGUGUUAAUUAUCAAGCUUUUGUUUCUGUUUAAUCAAAACUACGCUAGCUCUUCCCCUCCGUUUCCAUUCAUUGUGCUAAGCUAAGCUAACCUGCUGGAAUCUAAAGCUCUGAUACGAGUUGAGACAUGAGAGUGAUUUCUAACCUCCUGAAAGCAGUAAGCAUAUUUCCCAAAAUGUCAAUCAUUGCGAACUAUUCUGGCUUGUUGUUUUCUGUAGAAGCUCAAGAUAAGACUAUUUAAUCUAGUCUCCCAGUCGACCAACCCGUCUGAUGAAUCCUAGAGUAGCUUUUGUAUAACGUCGACAUAUAUCAUGAUUUUACCAUCAGUGUCCGUGGUGUUUUAUUAUUGGGGAAUCAAAUGAAUAUCAGACUCGUCCCUCCUUCUCUUGAGCUAGUUUCCCAUUAUUACCGUUUCCGUUUUUUAAUAAUGUAUGUUUUUGUAUAUCUAAACGUUUAUUUCUUGUUGUCUCCGAGCGAAUGUAAAGUGUCUUAUUUUUUGUACAAUGUCAUUCACAAGGGUUAAAUACCUGCAGACUUUUUAAAACAACACUAAGCUUAAGCUUUCAUUUUAGGUUCCUUAUUCUCUCCUGGGUCUUCCUGUGUUUCUGUUCACAUCCUCCAUUUGUCGUCAUUUAAAUUCAAAUAAAAAUGCAAAUUUCUUUUUGACCGAUAGUCAGGAUGCCGUUUUAAAACGAGGGGAGAUGGACAGAAAAACAUCCUAAACCAAUGACUUCACUGACCUCUGCUGGAACCAGUCUGUGUAUAUCUGUAGUUUCCUUGCUGUAAUAUAUUUAGAGGCAUUUUUUUAAUCAUGGAAAAUAUAUUGGGCAAUUCUUUUGGAUUGCAUGUUUCUAAUAGUUUUCUUUUUGUAGGGGAAGUAAAGUCGGCACAAGAGUUUUUUUUGUACCAGAAGAGCAUGUUUUAAAGGGUCUCCGGAGGUGUUGCUGUGAAAUCUGAAGGCCUUUUAAAGCAGGAAAUCAUCAUGACUCUGAAGUAAGCAUGCGCUGACCUACUAAAGGCAUGUUACGCAAGCUUUGGGCAGAGAGGAGGGAUUAUAGAGAAUAAUCUAGGGCGGCGAAAUCAGAUUUAAGGAGCGUGUUUGUAAAAUAUUUUGUAAAUUAGUCUCAGCAUGGUCUUCACAGAGGAAAAACCACUCUAUUUAUCAUACCGUUUUGAUACCGGCCAUGGCCAAAAAAACAUGACUUUUCCCAGACAGAAAAACACAUAUACACAAAUAUUUAGCUUUUAGAUUAGACAGAGUAUAGAAAAACCCAAAUGUACAAAAGGUGUCAAAGGUUUGUGUUCUGUAUGUAACCCCGUAAAAAAAAAGCCUCCACAGAGAAAAAGGAGAGUAUUGAUAAUAAUGUAUCUCACGGUUAUGAAAUAACCUGUAGCAAGACCUGCAUCGCAGCGAGAGGAGCGAGAUUCAAGAGGGUGCCAAUGACUGAAGUGUUCACAGAGCUCACUAUUUACCUCAUGAUGAAUCUGGCAGGACAGUGUUAGACGCUCGUACACGCUGGUUGGUGUCUGCUCCCUUUUGUUAACUUUACUGUUAUUUCAUAUGAAUCUGAUCUUGUACAUUUGUUAUAAUAAAAUGGGUUUCAAGCC